AUGGACAAAACAGGAAGAACCAGACAGCUCAGUGAAUCAUCAUCACAAGAAUCAGUGGCAGUAAUUACUGUAGUUCCAUCACCAGCGCAACCCAAGCAAAAGCUAAAUCAACAACACAAAAAACAAAAGGACGGAGAAAGAAGAAAGCGUGAGCAGCAAAAAGACAGAGAUCUUGACGCGAUUUUGACAGUAAACGAUCGUCGGCAAAGACCACAAGCAUCGGCCAGUGCUAGUCUUCAGACGGCGUACGUUUCACCGAAGAAGCAUUUUGUGCGGAAUCGCCCACCAUCAAUGGCAGUUCCAAGUCCUAAAAAAUCAAAUCCCGUUAGUCAUGAAAAGUCAAGGCUCUCCACUAGCCAUUCUCCGAUUCAGAAGCCAAUCCAGAAGUCAAUCCAAAAGCCACCAACUAGCGAUGCCUGUGCUUCCACCUCCUUUCAUCAGAAUCCAUCAGCAAAAUUGAUUCCAAUUUAUCCUCGUUCCCCCAAAUCAGGCCCAAAACAUUCGGUGACGUUUCGUCAUCCGAUAUCAAGCCACCAAUCAUCACUAUCUUCACAUGAAGAUUCACCACCGGCUACAACAUAUCCAACAUCGUUGGCAAAGCUCUCGGCUUCCGUUGAUCACUACCAGCAAUCUAUACCGCAGUCUUCGUUCCAACAAUUAACACCUCGUGAGCAAGAAAUAACAUCUAUACUUCAAAAUUCGAGUUCACAAUCAGAAACUCAAUCGAAGCAGAAAACUGUUGACCGGUAUUCAAACUCUCCCGAAUUUCUCCAACCAGUACUUCCGAAACAAUCGAAAAAACCUCAACAACGCCCUCAGCAGAAGAUAGAAAAAUCUCACCACCCAAAAGUCGUUUCAAGCGUUGAUAUGUUGAAUACCAAAUACAAUCGUGCUGUCCUUGCAACUGAUGAUGAGGAAAGCCAAGAUUCAGGUUCAAGAAGUCAAGAUUCCAGCUCUCCUGAGUUCAUCAGAACUGUGAAAAGCCCCAACCAAAAAAUGGCUCAAGGUAAACAUAAUUCUGGCCACGAUUCUGGUUGUGCCACCAGUUCAAGCCAGAAUGAGCAGCGGAGGAAACGAGCUCAGCUCUCGAAAAAGGUGUUAAGCGUUGUUGUUGAAGAGGACGAGGGAGCAGAUGAUGAGGAAGAGACGCCACCUCGAGAAAUCCAGGUUUCAGGAGGGAGUGAGGAUAGUGAUAUCAUCGAAGUUUUUCCAAAUCGGAGUGAUCGAGAUGCUACAAGGCCACCAAAGUCACGAAGAUCGGAGAAGAAGUCGAAAAAGCAAAACAGACGAUCAAGGACGCCUUCCAGAGAACCAAGCGUAGUCAUCGAUGAAGAAGAAGCGCCACCAAAGAAACGCACUCGUCGUCGAUUGAAGAAAGAAAAAGACCCAAUGGAUGUAGGUACACGACGACACAAAAUGAGGCGAUUCAUCCACAUCGUCUAUGGAAGACCUCGUCCGGUGAAAUACAAGAUGAAAGCUCUUACCAUAAAGAAAUACCGAGCUCUCCAUCAAAAAAGAACGCGAGUUACAAGACAAAUCAGCAAUCACAUAGUUCCGCAGUAUCAUCGAGAGCCUGAAAAAGGAAAACGCAAUGUGCCAGAAUAUACUGUUGCGGAAACCGUUGAAAGUUACCUUGACGUUUCGAAAACCAUGAUGCAGAAGUCGUCCAAACACCAUGAUGAACUUGUAGCUGUUGGUGUCGAUUACGAUAACUCGGUGAAGAUGCUACACUUUGGCAGAACCAUGAAGAAACAUUCGUGCAAACAGAAGCGACUGAAAUUCCAAAUGUCCUGGUGGCCCAAGGAUACCCCCGAUGAGAAAUUGAAACGUAAAGGAGGAAUCAGGACAACUCGAAUUACGUGUUAUACGCCAUAUCGAAUCAUUGACGAUCCAUACCUAUUCAAGAACCACUGGUCGUUCUGCCCAAAGAGCAAUGCGCCACUACAAGUCAUUCGCAAGUAUUAUCUGAAGCCAAUGACAAGAAGACGCACAACCGAUGACAUCAUCUUAGAUACCUCCUAUUUCGUUCGUGAAUUCUACCUUGGAAAAGCGUUCAUCUCACUACGUGUCACUCGCUCAUCGGACAUUCCAUACGUCUAUGUGCCCCCAAUCAUGCAGUGCGGAUAUUAUCCAUAUAGCGCCGUAACCGUGGAGAACAAAAAAUUCUAUCUGGCAGCUCGAUUCCGAGAGGCACAGUUGGAAUAUUUUAAUAUUACAUACCGCGACAUAAAACCAUGGCAAGGAUUCAAAGUUGGCACUAUCACCGAUUCCGAGCUCUACUACUUUCAUUGUCUUGGAAAGCAUAUUCAUGGUUUUUGGCUGAUUUGGGAAAAAAUUGGACGUUGCAAUGUGGACAAACUGAAGAGAUACACCAACAGACGAUAUUUGGUGGAUAUGUUCAAUUUUCAAUUUUUCCCACUUGAUGUGGAUAUCAAGAAAUGGGAACUUCGCUUGAGAAUUGCGUUCGACACCGUGACCGCUUACAACUUGCAUCUAGCCGAGGUCCUUCGAAUUAACAAGCCGGUGUUUGAUUCGUUAACUCGAAAUCCGUCAUUUUACAAGGCUGUGACGUUAAAGGAGAUUGUGCACUUGAUGCUGGAGCAGGGUAUAAACCCUAAAUAUUACAUGAACAGUUGUGGCAAGCGCGAGUUUUACAAUUGGGGCCUGGAGAAAACCAACGAGGACUACUUGUCAGCAUAUUUCAUCAUUUGCGGUGGAUCCAAAAUCAUUAAAGACAAUAGAAAAUUCGAUUUGGAACACACCCGAGCUCACAUCGAUGAUCAAGAAAACACGGCAGCAAUCACCAGGAAAGGAGAAGUGUUGCAUAUGCAUAUUCCAAUGACACCAUCGGAAAUACUCGUUCAUCUCGAUAACUUUAAAUACAAGAAGAACUUUGAAAGAUUGAUUGUGCAUGGUCCAAUGACUCCUGAAGAGCAGGUCAUAACAAAUUUGAUCGCUGACACUCCUCGUUGUCCAACGGUAACACCACAAGAGGCACCAAAAAAGACUGUUCGUCUUCGCACGACAGUAAUGACCAGGAAGGAGUUGAUGCAAGUCAGAAACAAGAUCUAUCAGAUUCCAAAGCCGAAGAAAGUGAAGAAUAAGCCGCAAAAGCCAGCAAGGAAGAAGCCAGGAAGGAAACCAGAGACACAAGUUGACAAGGGUCUUAAGAAACACGACUUUGAUAUUCUGUACAUGGCAUCUGACAUCGAAUCAGAUUAUGAAAAUUAUUUGAGCGGCGAUGAGAACUACGAAGACAACAUUCCAAAGCUCACAAGGUCCCAAUCCUCAGAAUCCAUCUUUGCUGAUAUUUAUUACACCGACUACCAAUUCGACAAAGUAUCUGGCUUCCAUCGUCAAAGAAUCAAUUAUAUCGUGCACCCAAUCGCGCAACGGAAGAAAAGAAAAAUGAAUCGCCACGUCAAGAAACAUCUACUCCGUUACAGAAUGUUGGCUUUGGAAGGUGUUGCAUUCAAAGAAAUGCUUGAAUGCUAUCAUGGUAAUCUGCCCAAACUUGGCCAAGAAAUCACAAAGACGAAGAAGGCAAUCCGAGUUAACGGGUACAAACGAUUCAAAGUUCCAAAAGUUUUCGAGAAAGGAGAUUCAGCAAAAAUUGAUAGCAUUGGUGACUUGUUGAAAGAGAUGGUCACGUUUACUGUAGCAGCCGAGCACUCGAGUACUCGUGCAGCAAAUGGUGUGGCACGUAUUGCACAACGAGGACGUAUCAUGCAGCGACUCACAACAGACAAUCUGAAACCGACAAACUUUGGUCUUCCAGCCCUCUCGUACUUAGCGAUGGAGAUUUUGACGCGAGUCAAAAUGACUGGUAGAACAAUGAUGGAAGAAGAAAAGCGAAACCUUCGGGAGAGUGUAAAUCAGAGUUAUAUCAACUAUAUGUCACUAUUGCCUCAUGAAAGACGACUUCUCGAUGCCAAAAUCCGAAAUCAAAAAGACAGACACAUUGCCCUACAAAACGAGCGUUAUGAGACGGAGAGAAUGAAGAAUUUGAGCAAGAGACAAGGCUUCAUUCGAUAUGAUCAACGAAGCUUGCAAGCUCAGCAUAAGAGAGAAGAAGCAAGAAGACUAAAUCGUCUGAAGCACUCGGAAAAGGAAACGGCUUUUCGAAAAGAGCAAAGAUAUAUUGCAGAACUGAAAGCAGCUGGAGGUGAUGUGCCAACAAAAGAAUGGAUCAGGAAGCGGAUUCAAGAAGAAGAAGCUGAAGAGGCCGCAAAAGAUCGUAAAGCAGAGGAAGAACAACGUGAGCGCAAGAGGAUGCAAGAAAUCGAAGCAGCUAGAUUGCUUAAAGAGAAGGAACGCCGUAAAGCUGCAAUUGAAAAAGAAAAGUUGGACGAAGCAGUGGCGACUAAACUUCUGAAAGAGAAGGAUGAGCGAGAGAGGAAAAGAAUUGAAAUGGAGAGGAUUCAAGCAAUUCUCCGAGAGUCAUCAGCACUUAUGAAAGAAGCAGCUGAGAAGGAAAGACAGAAACAAUUGGAAGAGGAUAAGCGCCGUAAAAAUGCUGAGAAGAGCCAAUCGGAAUCAGAAGAAGAGCUGAGACGGUUGGAUCGUCAAAGACACGAAGCUCGACGACUGAAAGUUUUGGAACGAGAGAAGAAGCGGUCGGAAGAGGAGAAAACGAUGGAAGCAAUGUGGCUUCAAAGACAAAAAGAACUUGCCGAAAUGAAACGCCGUCAAGAAGAGGAAACCGCCAAAUCGUUGGCUGCAGUGAAGAUACCGAAAACUGUCACUACAAGUCUCUACAGACUGGCCCAGAAGCUCGAUAAAGAAAUGAUUGCAAUUGCGGAGGAAAAAUUGUAUUCACGAACUGUGAUGCUAGUGAUAAGAGAAUCUGAAGACAAGUUUGGUGCGUUCCUGAGGAAAACACGAAAUUUCAAUCUGAGAGUCUUCACAGCAUACUUCUCCCGAUUUUUCGACAAGAACCGUUUCGCUCAGAAAAACUCCGACAAUGAUUUAUACGACAACAUCGCCAAAUGUAUUCAUUACUGUCCUACAUUCAACGACUACAAGUUUGUUCUGGACAUGAAGAAAAUUGUCAAGCACCUCUCCAGUGAUAUGAAACAUCGGAUCAAGAAGUACAUGAACUCAGACCCAAAACGUUCUGGAUCCGAAUCACCAGUGUCCAACGCCGCAUUCUCGCCGGAAUAUGAACCAUCACCAGAACCCGAAAGUGAAAUCCUUGCGGACUCAUUAUCAGAAUCUGAUGACGCCGAUGGACCUGAUGAGCUUCUUCCGGAAGCCUAUGAAACUGGUCAAACAGAUCUUACAGCAACGCAUUGGUCAAGAUCUCCUUCCGUUGACAGCCAAGACGGUGAUGAAAGCCAGAAUUCAUACAAAGGAAGAUGUUUCCAUCCAAUGGUCGCCUUGCGUUCCACGUUUUGGAGACUAAUCGAGAUGUCUGAAAACGCGUUGGAAGCGCAGAAUGAGCAGCUUUAUCGAAAUGAAUUCCGAAACUAUAUCGUAAGACGAAGAAGCUUUCGCAAAGCUGGUGUCCCAUAUGCAGUCGGUGUUUAUGCAGCCUCUUGUGUUCUGCUCACUGGAAGUAUGUAUGAUCCUUGUGGGCGUCGCGAACAGUCACCAUUGCGUAUGCCAGGGGAAGUAAUUGAAAUCGACAACAACGAUCCGGAUUUGAAAGGUGUUAUUGAUCGAGUAGCACAACUAGGAGUCGUUUUCCAUCAAGCCAAUCGAAGUCCUCUCAAUUUGAAACAACUUUGCAAGUGGAACGGAUUCAGACAAGCAUGUGAUCUUAUUGAUGAGCUCUACGAAUUUAUUAUGGGAGUCUAUUGCAAACUACAACUGGAUCAAGUUUUCAAGGACGAACUGGAUGAUGAGACCAAAAUUCGUGAGGCCUUCCGAUUCAUUGCAACCAAAUUUGUCCCGCUGCUCUCAGUGCACUGUGGCGUUAAGAAAAGUCAGGUUGCAAAAUGGAGAUAUGAGGAAGUAACCAUUGGAAGAUGCUGCGUUAACAUGACGGAGUACAAGCAGCCUACUGUUAACACGACGAACGAGUUUAUUUUGAAACAAAACGCCCAACAGUUUUCUCGAAUCACAGCCAUUGUCAAUUGGUACCAGUACUUGGUGGAAAAGGGUAAAAGUAAAAUCGAAGACAUGAGGUCAAAUGCAAUGAACGCUAUUGCUUGGAAACGUCGUCAAUAUCAUAUCAUGUCUCCAAUGCCUGCAACAUCUGACCAAGAGGAGGACGAUGAGGAAAGUCCUAUCAAAAUUAUCAUUCCGGACGAUGUUAAUCUUCUUUCGCCGAGGAAAGUAACGCCGCGAACACUAACGCCACGAACACCAACGCUACAUGUCACAAAGGACUUUGUAAUCGAUAAAAAUAAUGGGAAAGAUGCUGAAGCUUCAGCUACAGUAAGACAUGUGGUCUCGCCUUAUCAACAUCCAUUUGUGCAGAAUAUCGGGCAACUAGGAGAGGUGUGCCAGCAACAAAGUACAGUUUACGUGUCUGGAUCAUACAACAUAUCAUCGGAAAAAGAAAAGUAUGAAAAGAAGAUUCGCUAUUUGAUAGAACGACGAGAAGAGAUUGAGAAAGAGAACUCGCUGAAUAACAAUAUUCCACCUUCUGCUGAUAUGUUCAUCAAUAAUCUUUGGAGAGCAAUUGAGAGAAGAAUCUCAGUCUUCCCGGGAGGAAUCAAAAUCAUGACCGGACUUCAUAAAAAAAUUCAGCGUCCACACAUCCUUGAUUCUGAGUUCAAAAUCUACAUUAUGUCUCGAGACGCUCGCGGUAAACGUUUUCCAGAAGAGUUUCCUGAAUACAAACACGACUGGUUUAAGUACACACGCAUUUCAAUUGAACCAAGAAAGUACCAGGCGUAUGAGGACACAAUUUUGAACAGCUUCCCUCAUGAAAUAAUGUGCAAAACGGAAUUCCGCAAAAUGCAAUGGACAGUGCCCCGACAAUUCGGCCCGCCGAAGAAAGCCAUUGAGUUUUUCACUGAUUUGGAUAAAUACCGAGAUUUGGAGCUGUACAAACAAUACUUGUCCGAAGGAGAGCUACCAUUCAAUAUCAAAAUCUACCGACAUCUCUGGUUCAUGGGGUCCUUAUUUGCCGAAGGAAUCGCUGAAGACUGGCACGAUGAUGGUCUUCCUGGUGGCUUUUGUGGUGCUUGUACAGACGGAACGGUCAUUUUUGUGAAAAAGUGUACUUGCAUUUUCCAUCAGGAUCACUACGACGACAAAUUCAUCUACACCCAUUGUAAUAUCAAGAAAGAACUGAAUGGUGUUGAGCGAUUAACAGGUCGAUUUGUUUGUGAGCAUGGUCCGAGCUCAGUUUUGGUUUUGGUCGAUGAGGAUAAACGUCCGAAGGGAGUAUAUGAAGUUAAGAAUCCCGCCUACACAACCCAUGAUGCAAAACUUCGAAUUGUGGCUAGAAAAACCAUGCAUGCCCAGAUUAGGAAAUGUUUUGCAAACGUUCCACAAACGAUUCGAGAACGCAGUCAAGAAUCCACCACUAAUUCUGAUUCAUCUGGCAGCUCAACAGAUUCACUCCAGAAUAGUGUAGAUGAGUUUGGCAACCCGUUGAUCGUCAGCAAAGUGCAACCGAACAUCGUGGAGAAUGCUAAAGAACUGUAUAAACGUUUCUCGCGUCUCAAGGAAGGAAAGAUUACGUUGGAUAAGCCCAAAAAGAUGAGAACGUGGAGAUCAAAAAGUGUGGACUCGUACAGAAAGGCAUUUGAAGUUAAACAUCGUCCAGGCCUGACAGCAACACAGUCCCUGAUAGAUCUCACGGAUCUUGAAAAUCACGCGAAGUUGAAAAUGGAGAAGGCCAAGCAAACAAUGAUUGAAGAACUUAACAUUGAAAAAGACGUUCGGUUGGACUCGGAAACAAUGGACACUCGACUCUUUGAAGGAAUUCACAACAUCAGCGAAGCCAACAACUUCCGACUCCUUCUCGAACUAUUUACAUUGGGCCCAGCAGCUGAAGAACCAACAGCCAAGUACUGUAAAACAAGAUAUAUCAAAAUCCAAGAGCAUUUGAAACAACAUAGCUUGAUGAGAGUAUACGGACAGGACAAAGAAAACGUUCCGAGAUUUGACGAAGACAAAAAGUUCCAAGGAGGCCAACCGAUAUCAGCAUUGAUGCACGAGUAUUAUGCGUUUAUGCAAUAUAUCAAAAGAACAAUGCGAGCUGCGAAAAAUCAUGUUGCUGCAAACAGACGUCUUCGCUUCAACGAAGCCCAGUUUGAGUAUUUCCAUAUGAUCUAUCAAAAAGUGUUCAACCUGAAUCUCCAUCUCUUUGAGCAUCUUCUCCACCAAAUCAGCAAGCAUACAUUCACACCAUACGCUCUCCAUCAUGCUGAGCACAAAGGAGAUUUGACAAAAAUUCGAACUGUGCUUGCCAGAAUGAAAAUAGACCUACCAACGGUUAUGAAUUCCUUUUUCAACAUUGAACCCAUGAAGCGGCAAAUUCAUGAGCUUCGUCAGCUGAGUGAGUUCUGCCAAAAAUCAGAGAUGGACUGUCAUAUUGCCACCCUUGGACGUUAUGCGAUUGAAAGAAUUCGAGUUCCACAAUCUGCUGAAAAAGUAUUUGAUGAUUACCCAUGGAUAAAUCAAAGUGUUCAUAAAGAUACCAUCGAUUUGUUACGAUUCGAUUCUGGAGAGACUGUACCGGAUGGUUUUGAUUCAAGAACCUUCAAUGAGCAAUUGAUGAAGAACUUCUACAAUCCAAUUGAUGUAUUCGAGCAGUCGACCACAUUGAGACCAAAAGGUGAAUCCGCUGAACUGAAUCUGUACAAUGCCUUCUACACCCAAUGCGACGGAUUCUUUGCGAAAUUCGAAAGAAUGAUGCCACAUGGUGCAAUGGAUCCGAAAAUGAAAACUUAUCACCAACAUCAAGCUUUCAUUAGACUCUACGAAAUUGCGAAAGGAAAUCGAAUCGUUGAUCGUACCGAUGUGACAAGAAUGAACGACACCGACGUCAUCAUGCUGUACACUGCAUUUGUCUCCAAUCCAGAUGUUGAAACUGAUGCUGGUGCGGAUUUGGACUGCCUCAACCAACUUUACAUGCAGCUCAGUAAGCAGAAAGCCGUUCCAUGCCCAAUUAAUCCAUCGCUCAUCGGAACAACGUUUGUCGUUUUCGACCAUCAUCUUGUAGUUUCAAUGGUUCGUGAACCGUUCGUCUUCCUGGCUGACCUACACUUCAAUUUCACUCCAAUGAAAUCGCGCGGUCGAAUUAUUGAAGCAGUGUCGGGAUCUUGUGUGAUCAACUUGUUGAUGGAUAGCAACAGUGAUAAGAUCAGAAUCGAAAUGCGACCGAAAUCAGUACAAACCAAAGGAGAUCGCCUAUGUUUUGAACUUGAUCAUGAAACAUUGACACGUGCUGGUUCGAUUGACGGAGUUUUGAAGUUUGUUGUUUCACAACGAUUUAAUAAACUGCAAGAACAAUUUGAAAUGCAACCACAAGUCCGCCCCUUCAAAUCGCGUCGUGGUAUCCUGGAAAAUCGAAACAUCAUAAAUGAGUUGGUAUCUUCUGACGAGCAAGAUAAAUCAUCAACAUCAUCCUGCCGUAUGUCAGAACGAACCAUUGAUCCGAAUUAUGUGGGAUUCCUGCACACCCAUAAGGAGUUGAAGCAUUUGAGCGAAGUGUCAAAAAAUAUGCGGGAGUACUUCAUUACUAACAGAAGACCUGGCUCUAGAAAGCGAUCCGUGCCACCAGCCAGCCCACAUAUUCCACCUCAUAUGAAUCCGAAACGGAUUCGAUUUUCCCAUAAGUAUUAA